GAUACUUGCUUAGAGAGAGAGGAGGAGAGUCACAUGGCAUGUGAGCAACAGCUGUGUCAAUUCUUCAACUUGAUAAAUACCAUUCUCACCUUCCUUAAUCCGUCUUUUGACUAACUCUUCUCUCUCUCUCUCUCUCUAAACCCAGAGCAGCUCAAAGCUAUUUGCUUGUUCUUCAAUGGCAGAUGUAGAAUACUAGAUACACAAGCUUUGUUAAAAUCUCGCUAAAAAUGAGCACCCAUUUCCCUCUCUUCUUCUCUUGCCUCUUUCUUGCCUUUCUUUAUCUGCAAGUCUUAUCGUCAGCAGCACCACUUCCUGGCGCAAACGGAGAUGCCCAACAGCUUCUCAACUUCAAAGCAACCGUCCCUGACAAAACCCACCUCCAAAACUGGUUACCAAACCAGAACCCGUGUAGCUUUACAGGUGUCACAUGCCAACAGUCCAGAGUCUCCUCUAUAGACAUCAGCUUCAUUGCUCUGAGCACUGAUUUCAUCGCUGUCGCUACGUAUCUUUUGAGUCUUGACAAUAUAGAGAGCCUUACAUUGAAAUCAGCUAACAUUUCAGGCACCAUUUCUAUCCCGUACGGAUCUAAGUGCAGCUCCCUGUUAAACAGCUUAGAUCUAGCUGAAAACAGCCUUUCAGGGCCGCUUUCUGAUGUAUCCAACUUGGGUUCUUGCACAAGCUUGAAAUCCUUGAAUCUCUCAGGCAACUCUCUUGAUUUUUCAGGGAAGUGGUCUGGUGGGUUGAGGCUAAGCUUGGAGGUGCUUGAUCUUUCUUUCAAUAAGAUUCUAGGCUCAAACGUGGUGCCGUGGAUUUUAUUUGGUGGGUGUCAUGGCAUGAGACACUUGGCCUUGAGGGGAAAUAAGCUCGCUGGAGAAAUAAAUGUCUCAGGUUGCAAGAAUCUGGAGUUCUUGGAUGUUUCUUCUAACAAUUUCUCCGUUAGUGUUCCAUCGUUGGGUGAUUGCUUGGCCCUGGAACAUCUCGACAUAUCUGCUAAUAGGUUUUAUGGCGAUCUUGGCCAUACCAUUUCCGCCUGUUCAAAGCUCAGCUUCUUGAAUGUCUCCAGCAACCAAUUUCCGGGUCCGAUUCCUGUGCUUCCAUCUGGGAAAUUGCAGUUCCUUUAUCUGGCUCGCAAUAAUUUCCUGGGUGAGAUUCCUAUACAUCUCGCUGAUUUGUGUACAAGUCUUGUUGCGCUCGACCUUUCAUUCAAUAACCUCUCUGGUACGGUCCCUAGUAGCUUGGGUUCUUGCUCUUCCUUGCAGUCUUUUCAUAUAUCUACUAAUAAGCUUUAUGGUGAGUUGCCUAUUGACACUUUAUUGGAGAUGAGUAGCUUAAAGCAUCUUGAUUUAUCUUUCAACGGUUUCAUUGGUCGAUUGCCGGAUUCUCUGCCCAAGCUCUCCAAGUUAGAGUCCUUGGAUCUGAGUUCAAACAAUUUUUCUGGUUCAGUUCCUAGUGGAAUCUGUCAAGAUCCUGGAAACAGCUUGCAAGAGCUGUAUCUUCAGAAUAAUCUGCUUACGGGUUCAAUCCCAGCAAGUCUCAGCAACUGUUCUCAGCUUGUUUCACUCCAUUUGAGCUUUAAUUCCCUUACUGGAACCAUUCCUUCGAGUUUGGGAUCUCUUUCAAAGCUUCAAGAUUUGAAGCUCUGGUUGAACCAACUCCAUGGAGAAAUCCCACCAGAGUUGGGGAAUAUUCAGACAUUGGAGACUCUGAUACUAGACUUCAAUGACUUGACUGGUCCUAUACCUUCCAACCUGAGCAACUGCACCAGUUUGAAUUGGAUCUCAUUGUCCAACAAUCAAAUGAGUGGUGAAAUUCCUGGCUCCAUCGGGACGCUUGCGAAUCUUGCAAUUCUGAAGCUGAGCAACAACUCAUUCUACGGUAGAAUCCCUCCAGAGCUUGGAGAUUGUAGGAGCUUGAUAUGGUUGGAUCUCAACACCAACUUCUUUAAUGGGUCUAUUCCGCCAGCCCUUUUCAAGCAGUCGGGCAAUAUUGCAGCAAACUUCAUUACCGGAAAACGAUAUGUGUACAUCAAGAAUGAUGGAAGCAAGGAGUGUCAUGGAGCAGGGAACUUGCUUGAGUUUGAGGGAAUCAGAUCAGAGCAGUUGAGCAGAAUAUCCGCCAGGAACCCUUGCAACUUUACUAGAGUGUAUAAAGGUCUCACUCAGCCCACAUUUAAUCAUAAUGGAUCUAUGAUAUUUCUUGAUAUUUCACAUAAUAUGUUGUCUGGAAACAUACCCAAGGAGAUUGGAAGUAUGGCAUAUCUCUUCAUUUUGAAUUUGGGACACAACGAUAUAACUGGCCAUAUCCCACAAGAGUUUGGUGAUUUGACGGAUCUUAACAUUCUUGAUCUCUCGAACAAUAGGCUUGAUGGGGAAAUUCCACAAUCCAUGACUGGCCUUUCUAUGCUCAAUGAAAUCAAUCUCUCAAACAACUUACUCAGCGGGAUGAUUCCAGAAAUGGGACAGUUUGAAACAUUUUCCAAUCACAGUUUCCUGAAUAAUUCGGGUCUCUGUGGGUUACCUCUUACUCCAUGUGCGGGAGAUUCAGGUUCAAGUGCAACUCAUCAUAAGAAUUCUCAUCGGCGACAAGCCUCUCUUGCUGGGAGCGUGGCAAUGGGAUUGUUAUUCUCCCUCUUCUGCAUAUUUGGUUUCAUUAUAGUUGCGGUUGAAAUGAAGAAAAGAAGGAAGAAGAAUGAUUCAGCCCUUGAUAUCUACAUUGACAACAAUUCCCACUCUGGAACUGCAAAUACAAAUUGGAAACUGACUGGUGCUCGUGAGGCAUUGAGCAUUAAUCUUGCUACGUUUGAUAAGCCCCUUCGGAAGCUAACUUUUGGAGAUCUUCUUGAAGCCACCAAUGGCUUCCACAAUGACAGCCUUAUAGGCUCUGGUGGGUUUGGUGAUGUGUACAAGGCCCAAUUGAAAGAUGGAAGUGUUGUAGCCAUCAAGAAACUGAUACAUAUCAGUGGGCAGGGUGAUAGAGAAUUCACUGCUGAAAUGGAGACCAUCGGGAAAAUUAAGCACCGAAACCUCGUUCCCCUGCUUGGCUACUGCAGAGUCGGGGAAGAACGGCUGUUGGUAUACGAGUACAUGAAGUAUGGGAGCUUAGACGAUGUGCUGCAUGAUCAAAAGAAAGCUGGGAUCAAGUUGAAUUGGGCUGCAAGGAGGAAAAUCGCCAUAGGAUCAGCGAGGGGAUUGGCUUUUCUUCACCACAAUUGCAUUCCGCAUAUCAUUCACAGGGACAUGAAAUCAAGCAAUGUCUUGCUUGACGAGAAUUUGGAGGCCAGAGUCUCUGAUUUUGGAAUGGCCAGGCUUAUGAGUGCGAUGGACACUCAUUUGAGUGUGAGCACGUUAGCCGGAACUCCAGGAUACGUCCCUCCUGAAUACUACCAGAGUUUUAGAUGUUCCACGAAAGGCGAUGUUUAUAGUUAUGGUGUAGUUUUGCUUGAGCUUCUAACGGGUAAAAGGCCGACAGAUUCAGCCGAUUUUGGCGACAACAAUCUAGUGGGGUGGGUGAAGCAGCAUGCCAAAUUGAAAAUAAGUGAUGUUUUCGAUCCAGUUCUCAUGAAGGAGGACCCAACUCUGGAAAUGGAGCUCUUGCAACAUUUAAAAGUGGCCUGUGCUUGCUUGGAUGAUCGACCGUGGAGACGACCCACGAUGAUUCAAGUCAUGGCAAUGUUCAAGGAAAUCCAAGCUGGAUCUGGGCUUGAUUCCCAAUCCACCAUAUCCACAGAAGAUGGAGGUUUUGGCGCAGUUGAGAUGGUAGAGAUGACUAUAAAAGAAUGCCCUGAACUAAGCAAGCAGUAGUUGAAAAAAGAACCAAGUUCAAACUCAAUUUUCAAGAGAAAUUCUUUCUGAAGGGAAAAGAAGCAGCAGCAGCAGAAGGUGGUGAUUGAUUCUGCUUCAUUCAGCUCCCACAACAAAAUUUUCCCUCUUCUUUACCACUUCAAGAUGUGGCAUAAACCUUCCUUUGUAUCUCUGCCAUUUUAUUGUAUGUAUCAUUAUCCCUUUUAAAAACCCUUGUUAUUUAUACAUAAAAGGUUGUUUUGUUUUUGAACUUCGUCACAAAUGUGUAAAUAUACGGUACUUUCAGUUUGUUA